UGAGCCAGUUUACUAUGAUGUUGUAGUCAACUCUACUGGCCACAUAUACAGUCCUUUAUACGAUAAAGGAGAAUACCCUUCAGAAGUUACUUGCUACUACAAAUUUCGCCUCCCGGAAAAUUAUAGAAUCCGAUUCACUUUCAAGGACUUGGAUAUUGAUCCUUCAGAUUUUUGUCACCAAGAUAGUCUCACAGUGGCAAUCGAAUUUGGUACACAAAUACCCAUAGGACUUUUUUGUGGCUCUGAAAUCCCGAGACCAUUGAUCUUGGAAGAAGGAUCUGAGUUGGUGCAAUUGACUUUUAUGAGUGAUUAUAUGGGAUCUGGAAGAGGAUUCCAUAUCUACUACGAAGCUUCACCUUUCUUAGAGAUAUGCCCACCUGAACACAUUGUGUGUCGGAACAGAAAAUGUGUGCCUGAAAGUAAGCAAUGUGAUGGCGAGGAUGACUGUGAAGAUGGAACAGACGAGGAGGAAUGUGAUAUACCUACCGUCGUUAGCAACGAGUGUGGCAACACCCCGAUCCAACCAAAGACGGGCUUUUACAGUCCAGAUCGAAUAGUGGGUGGUGAGGAGGCCAUCCCUCAUAGCUGGCCCUGGCAGGUCUCUCUCCAAGAAGUUAUCGUCGAUCCCAGCGCUCACUUUUGUGGUGGAACCCUUAUUAACUCACAGUGGGUUCUGACGGCUGCUCACUGUUUCCUAGACAACGCAGAACCUUCCAUGUUUCGGCUUCACUUUGGAGCCCAUCAUAAAUACAAUAAGGCUAAUGGCGAGCAGAUCCGUUAUGCCGAGAAGAUUAUAGGUUUUCCAGAUCUGGAGGAUGAUGAGGUACCGGACAUUCGACUGUUCUGAAGCAAACACCGGUAACCAUCAUUUCCACGAAGAACUGCACCCAUGACCCUCGAUACCAGAUAUGCGUCGACCAACCCAAGAGCUCUGCAUGUCACGGUGACAGUGGAGGACCCUUAGCUUGCAAAGUUGAAUCGAAGUGGUUUGUGAUGGGCGACACAAGUUUCACCACUGCUGACAAUUUCGAUUCCGGAUUGUGUGCACUGCCGCAGAAUAAAGUCGUAUUCAGCAAGGUGGCUGACAAGGCAGACUGGAUCAAAGUUAUGAUUGACGUGCACAGCUAGCUGCUGCAUCUUAUAAUUAUUAAAUGAAAUUGAUACAAUUCUAUAGCAUUCUGCGCAGAUCUGGUGUAGAGAAAUUAGAUCUCAUCCUAACUGUCAGCGACUUAACUGUCAAAUCACAGAGUUUUUCUUAGGUCAUUUAUCAAUGGUACAAUCUAAAACUCAAUAAUCAUAAGGCAAAACAAUUCAUAAAACGAUAAAAACAGGUCUCAUUUAUUAAAGUUUAAAAUUUUUGGCUGAAAAACUAAAAGUCACAUAAACAAAAUAAUUGGUUUUGGCAGUGUACAAGCAAUGUACUCUAGUAAAAAGCAAAGUACAUUACUUUCUGCGUUGCAUAAUAGCUGUUUGCAGUUUAAAGUAAAGCAAAACCUCAUAAAUAGCUGCAUAAUCCCAGCAAAUACACGGAAAAAUGCCCGUUUUAGCUUGAAAAAAAUGAAUUUUCGAAUUAUUGACAACGCUUAAAAAUGGCAAUUAAAAAUAUUUUAUACCUCGU